CUGCACCGAGGGAAACGACCCAUUGUCGCGCAACAACAACCCCCGUCCCCGACCAUUUCCCUCCUCCCACGGCGCACGACGGUAUCCAGCUGGGACACUCGAGGCAUCGCCCGACGCGAAACAAGAUGCCGACCCCCGAGUCCGAGCUCUUCAAGAGCCAGAAGCCCAAGGUGGCUCCCACCUUCAACGGCGUCGACUACGACGACACCAAGGCCUUCAAGCAGGCCGAGGACGCCAUCAUCCGGGAGCAAUGGGUCGAAGCGAUGAAGACCCGGCUCGUCGGCGAGGAGCUGGGCAAGUGCUAUACGCGCGAGGGCGUCAACCACCUGGAGAACUGCGGCCAAUUGCGAGAGAAAUACUUGCAACUCCUGGCGACGAAUAAGGUCAAGGGCACCAAGUUCCUGCAGCAAAACUACAUCGAAAAGAGGGACGAGGAGCUGGACCUGGCGGCCAAGGUGCACACGAGCGACAAGAUCGCGCGGCUCAACCAGGGCCGUUUUGCCUCCUGAGAGAGAGCCGGCUAGAGGGGACUCGUCUAGACGAAGCAUUUGACCGGGAGUGGUCUGCAAUGGAAAUGGAACGGCGGCAUAGCCUAUAGUAGCAAGGUGCUGUUCUCGCGCCCCCGCGGCGUGCUCGGGAUCAUGUCGGCCCUCGAGUGGGCCUACUUUCUGGCCCUGUACGAGUGUGUAUAUAAGAGGAUGAGAGUCAAUGAAACCUAAAGUCAACCC